AUGCUUGUAUUGGAAGAAAAAAACUAUUGGUGCCAAAUAUUUCUUCUUUCUCUAUGCUCCAUUGCUUCCUCUGAUUUCUUUAUUACUGUUUUCUGUCUUUUUAUUUCAACCAUUUCUAUCUAUUUCCCCGGCUUUCUUCUUCUUUAUCUUCCUUCUUAUUCUUCAUCAUCAUUGACAUUUUCAUCUUGUUUUCAUUUCAUUAUUUUAUUUCCAUUUUUCUUCUUCUUCCCACCAUUGCCUCUUCCAACUGUACUACUACUACAACUUCUUCUUCUUCUUCUUCUUCUUCUUCUUCUUCUUCUUCUUCUUCUUCUUCUUCUUCUUUCCAUUCUUUCUUUAUAUUAUUUUUUAUCAUUGUUUUUUCCAUCUUGUUUUCUUUUCUGUUUUUUUUUACUUCCCAUUUUUUUCUUCUUUCCGUUUUUCUUCUUCUCAUCAUUUCCCCUUCCCACUAUACUUCUUCUUCUUCUCUCUGUACAUCACCUUAACUAUUUCCUCUACAUUAUCCUUUUACUUCGGGUCCUGGUUAUCUCCCUUGUUUUCAAUAGGCCACAAAAGCUUAAACGCGUUACAGGUGUUCUUUCUCCUCCCUCUCUCUCUCUCUAUAUAUAUAUAUAUAUAUCUGUCACUGAUUCUAUCUAUCUAUCUAUCUAUCUAUCUAUCUAUCUAUCUAUCUAUCUUCGUGCUUACCUCUUUCCAGAAUCUAUCAGCAAUCAACUCAUUCAAACAAACCCUUCUCUUCUAUCUUCCGUCUUCUGUCUCUGUCUCUCUUCUGUCAUCUGUCUUCUGUCUCUGUCUCUCUUCUGUUUUCUGCCUCUGUCUCUCUUCUAUCUUCUGUCUUCUGUCUCUGUCUCUCUUCUAUCCUCUAUCUUCUGCCUCUGUCUCUCUUCUGUCUUCUGUCUCUCUUCUGUCUUCUGUCAUCUGUCUCUGUCUCUCUUCUGUCAUCUGUCUCUCUUCUGUCUUCUGUCUUCUGUCUCUGUCUCUCUUCUGUCAUCUGUCUCUGUCUCUCUUCUGUCAUCUGUCUCUGUCUUUCUUCUAUCUUCUGCCUCUGUCUCUCUUCUGUCUUCUGUCUUCUGUCUCUGUCUCUCUUCUAUCUUCUGUCUCUGUCUCUCUUCUGUUUUCUGUCUCUGUCUCUCUUCUGUCUCUGUCUCUCUUCUGUCUUCUGUCUCUGUCUCUCUUCUGUUUUCUGCCUCUGUCUCUCUUCUAUCUUCUGUCUUCUGUCUCUGUCUCUCUUCUAUCCUCUAUCUUCUGCCUCUGUCUCUCUUCUGUCUUCUGUCUCUCUUCUAUCUUCUGUCUUCUGUCUCUGUCUCUCUUCUGUCUUCUGUCUCUGUCUUUCUUCUAUCUUCUGUCUCUCUUCUGUCAUCUGUCUUCUGUCUCUGUCUCUCUUCUGUCUUCUGUCUCUGUCUCUCUUCUAUGUUCUGUCUCUGUCUCUCUUCUAUCUUCUGUCUCUGUCUCUCUUCUGUCUUCUGUCUCUGUCUCUCUUCUGCUCCGACUCGUUUCUCUUCUGGCGUAUUGGCACAUUCGUAUUUAUUCACAUAA